AUACGAGACUUGUAUUACCCAGCGGUUUCUUAUCGUUUCUGUCAGGGACUCCUUAGUCUUAAGCCUUACGUUCGGAACCUGGGCUUUUUAAAAUUCGCAACAUGUAUCAGGCAAACAUAGAGGCACCGGCAAAACAUCUGGUCGAUAAGUUACCUUUAUGCUAUGAGUUAUGACAAAAAUUUAUACCUAGGUGUUGCUUGUUGCUCAGCCCUCCACCCUGUUUCUAUGGAAUACUAACAUAAUUGCACCCUAUUGUACUACUAAGGUAACACAAACAAGAAACAAUCAAAAAGACAUCACGUCAGAAAUUCAGAAAAAAAAAAUUAAACUUGUUUCAGGAAAUAUGGCAACUUUUUUGUGUUGUCAUCGUCAUGCGUUUAGUAGUUUCAUUUUAUUUUCGUAGUUAUGUUACUUGUGUAAUCUUUCCGCGUUCUGCUGUUAUUUUCAUUGUAGAAUCAGUAGAAUGAAAAGACUGUUUACACGUCAGAUUAAUUUUACGAGACAGCAUGGAAAUCUAACUUUUGUACCUCACCAUGAAGCUGUUAUCGAAAGCCAGCUUGAGAAACUGCAAAUGCUUGUUGAUAGCUCAACAAACAUCUUAAUAUUAACUGGAGCAGGAGUUUCAACAGAGAGUGGAAUCCCUGACUAUCGCUCAGAAUUGGUCGGGCUUUAUGCUCGUAGCAAUCACCGGCCCAUUCAGCAUCAAGAUUUUAUGAGAUCUAAACAUGUUAGACAAAGAUAUUGGGCAAGAAAUUUUGUUGGUUGGUCAAAAUUCUCCACUGUUCAACCCAAUGCUUCUCAUUUCCUCUUGGCCAGUUGGGAGCGACAUGGGAAGAUAUCCAGCAUUGUAACUCAAAAUGUUGAUAGACUACAUCAUAAGGCUGGCAGUAAGGCCACUGUGGAGUUACAUGGUUGUGCCCAUGAAGUCAAAUGUAUGAAAUGCAACUAUGAAAUGUCAAGGGACAAAUUUCAGAGUAUACUGACUGAACUAAAUCCUUCAUUGUCUGUUCCAAAUGCAGACAUCAGACCAGACGCUGAUGUUGAACUAUCACAGGAAAUAAUAAAUACUUUUCGUGUACCAAAUUGUCAACAAUGCCGGGAUGAACUGGAAGGGUUUUAUAAACCAAAUAUAAUUUUCUUCGGGGACAACGUUCCAAAAUCCAGGGUAGAAUUUGUAUUUUCGCAAUUACAAUCUAGCGACUGCCUGAUAGUCCUUGGAUCUUCUCUGUACGUCUACUCGGGUUACCGAUUCAUUCUCCGGGCAUCAGAGCUAGGAAUACCAUCAGCAAUUGUAAACAUUGGACCUACGAGAGGGGAUAAGUUGGCUAGCAUCAAACUUAGUGCAAAAUGUAGUGAAGUUCUUACAAAAAUUUGUAUCUGACUUUUUCACUUCAAUGAAUUUUUUCAAAACGA